GGCUGCCAUCUUCCAUGAGAAACAACCACAGUCACCUUCGGCAGUCCCCUGAACUGAUCAACAUCGAAUCUGACGUCAAACCCUCCGGCCGCCGUCUUCCCGCGUUCUCCACUUUUCCCGAAGCUCCGACCCGGACCUUCGGAGCAUGUCAAAGACCGCCUGCCGGCAUCGCAAGGACUCGGAAGACAACUGAUGCAGAGCGAUAUUAUUGACUAAAAGGCGCUGAUCGCCGUUUCCAAAACAUCGGCUCUUAGUAAAGGAUACUCGCCGUGACAAAUCAACCAGCUUACGAAUGAAGGCACGUGGGUCAGAACCCAACACCAGACCACCACCACCAUCAUCAUGGCCUUCAAUCUCAUGAUCAUCUACCCCAACGGCAGCGAGGCGCACUUUGACAUGGAAUACUACCUCGGGACACACAUGCCGCGCGUGGAGAACAUCUGGCGACCACUGGGCCUCGUGCACUGGAAGGUCAUCCACUUCAACGCGCCGGGCCGGCAGGGCGAGGACAACGACGACGACAGAGGGGCCCAGGGGUGCUCGUCGUCCAAGUGCAGCAGCAGCAUCGGCAACAUCCUCACCUUUCAGAGCGAGGCGUGCUACCAGAACGCGAUGCAGUGCGCCGCCGCCAAGGACAUUUGCAGCAACACGGCGAGGUUCAGCGAUCAGCAGCCCAUCCUCAUCACAGGGGCUACUGUUGCGCUGGGACCGCUUGGGUAGUGGAGGACGCGCCAAUUAUUCUUGUCUGUUGUCAUUU